AUUACUAACUCAGUCAACAUGGAAGAAGAGCCUCUUACAUCGCAUGUACGCCCACCUACGGAUGCUGUUCUCACCAUUCGUAUUAUUAAAUCAUUCCCAUUUAGAAAUGUAAAGAAUCAUAUUUUAACCUCAGUUGAUCUUAAAAAUACCACCCCUUUACAACUUUUUGAACAAAUUAAAACCAUCAUCAACACUUCUGGAGCCAUGCGUCCAUAUAGAAACGUUGAAUAUGACUCGUUGAAGGUGUAUACGCGUGCUCAUGGAUCAAAAUCCAUGAAUCUUGUUAUCAACUUUGAUCAUGAUGAUGCUGAAUGGCUCUUGAUGAGCCAAGAUUCACUGAAUCCAAUUUCUGGAGAUUCAAAAUCUUUAUGGGAUCUUGGGAUUGAAAAUGAAACUGAAUUGAGUGUUUUCAACUGGGCUGCUUAUCAGGAAUUUAAAGCUAACCCUGAAGAGAAAUGGUAG